AUGCCGGUGCUUAAAAAUCUAUUAUUUAUACGAACUUUCCAUAAAGGAGUCCAAUCUGCUCGUGGUGCCGCUGUGCUGAAUGUGGAAACGAAAAAAUGUGUUCGGAAUCCAAACAAAUCCAGUCCGCUAACACACCUUCCUGAUUACACCUUUAUGGAUGGGCGGGUAACACCCUUUGGGUCCAACCAAAAGAAAAGGCUUAUUCAACAGCGAGAAAUUGCCAAACAAAUCGUAACGCUGUCCAAAGAGGUGGACUUUGCCGUAGAACGACACAAUCGACAAUUGGCGGAGGCAGAAGAAACCAAACGAAAGCUGUUGGGUGAAAAGUUGAAACCGAAGGGACAUUUAUUAUUGAAGAAAAAGUAA